ACUCGAACAGUGAGAUCACACUGCCCAUCUCUCUCUCUGUGGGCAAAGACAAGGCAAGUACCAGAUUUAAAGCCUGACUUGUAAACCUUCCAACACAAACAAAGGUAAUACCAGCUUUUAUCCAGGGGCUUUCCUUUUAACUAAGAAAUGAGUGAGCAGUCAGUGACCUAUGUGGACCUCAGAUUUCAUACACCUGCAGAGGAGAAGAGAAAACAAAGACCAAGGCACACCAGGGUAAUAGAAACCAGCGAGCAGGAAAUAACCUGCACUGAUCUGAAGUUUCUCACUCCUUCAAAGCAGCAGAGGCAGCAAAGACUUACAAGUGCAGAGAGCAAAGAAUCUCCUUCUCCAUCUUCACCAUGGCUCAUUACAGUGAUUCUGGGACUCUUCUGCCUGGCUUUGCUAGUAACUGCAGGGGUUUUGGGUGUCAUGUUUCUCCAGGCUUCCCAUCAAGUGAGAAGACAGAAUGAGGAACUUAUCCAGAAACAGGCUAUUCUGAAAAACUUCACUCAGUUGCAGGAAACUCUGAAAAACUGCAUGCAGCAAAGAGAUGAUUUCCAAGCCAAUAACACAGAACUCUCAAAUGUUCUGAAUAAGAAAGUAGAUAAAUGCAGCUCUUGCCCUGAGGGCUGGAUACAGCAUAGAGGGAAGUGUUAUCAUUUUACUAAUGAAAGGAGCUCCAGGCAGAAGAGUAAAGAAUACUGCUCGUUUCAUGGCUCCAGUCUGCUGAGGAUAGGGAACAAGGAAGAACUGGAUUUCAUUAACGGACUGGCGUGUUUUCACUGGAUUGGACUAUUCCGUACGGGAGCUGCUACAAGCUGGAUGUGGGAGGAUGGCACAGCUCAUUCCCCUGACUUGUUCCAAGUAAAGAAGCAAGAGCCUGGAGAGUCCUGUGUACUUUUGAGUGCAGGAGAAGCCACCUCCUAUACCUGUUCAGAACAAUAUCGCUGUAUUUGUGAGAAGAGAGCUGCUUAGCUGAAGACUGCUGAACAGCACAGGAGGAUCACAGCAUCCAUGAGACAAGUACCCAGGGAUGUUCCAAAGACAAAGAGAAAUCACAACCCCUUCAAUUUGCUGUGUUACCCUUCAGACUGAGGGGCUGCAGUUUCAGGUGAUAAAACACCCAGCAUACUGUCAAGAAGCAGGGCAGACACCCCAAACUGGAAUAUUCUCCAGCCAACCAGAGCACUCCCACCAUACUGAAUGACUGUCAUUCCCAUCUGGGUUGAUAAGAGUUGAUUUCAGAGGCCAUUAGUGUAAAUAUUAAUAAAUACUUUGUAAAAAAA